AAAACCUAAUUUUAUCAAUGGUUUUAAAAAAUAUUAAAUGUCACCCACCAUUUUUCUUUCUGAUUUUGACAGCUUUCAAAAGCAAAGGCUGAACCAUGGCUCCUAGAAAAAACAAAGUUGCUAAAGAAGAGGUUCAGGUGACCCUGGGUCCACAGCAUUUGGUGGGCGAAACAGUAUUUGGGGUCGCUCACAUAUUUGCCUCAUUUAAUGACACAUUCGUGCAUGUUACCGACUUAUCCGGUCGAGAAACUAUUGCCCGUGUUACCGGAGGAAUGAAGGUGAAGGCUGACCGUGAUGAAGCUUCUCCCUAUGCUGCUAUGUUGGCUGCCCAGGAUGUAGCUGAAAAAUGCAAAACCCUCGGCAUCACAGCAUUACACAUCAAGCUCCGUGCCACUGGUGGCAACAAAACAAAGACACCAGGACCAGGCGCACAGUCUGCUCUUCGAGCCCUCGCUCGUUCAAGUAUGAAGAUCGGCCGUAUUGAGGAUGUUACUCCAGUACCCUCAGACUCAACUCGCAGGAAGGGUGGUCGUCGUGGUCGCAGAUUGUAAACAUUUAGUGUAAGCUUACUUUUACUGUGGACUUGCAAUAAAAGGUUUGCAGUA